ACUCACAGCAGAGCAGGAGUGGAGGGGGAGGGGCGCGGUUGGCCGGUUAGGCUGUGACUGGACAGCAGGCGGGAAAGUGAUGUGACGGAAGUGAAAGGAGAACAGAAGUAGAUGGCGGGAGAGAUGAUGUAGAGGUGAAAUAAGAUAACGGGAGGAGGGAUUUCAAGUGAUCAUAAAAUCCAGAAUGGCCGUCGUUUGUCCAGAAGGUGGGAUAAAUGCAUCUGUAAGCUGAUGUGUCAAACGCCAUCAAGCCCCAAAGAAGAAGGGAGGAGGACAGCACUACUGUGGUAGAGGAGCAGCGUGUGUGCAGACACAGCUGCUGCUGAUGAAUUGGACUGAACCUAGAGAAGAGACAGAAGCUAAAGUAUUGAUCCCGUCAAGUUAGUGUGGAUCUGAUACCAAUAUCAACAUCUGUGUCACAUCUAUUGAUGCUUGUAUCGAUCCGCCCAGCCUCAGUUCAAGCAGCAAUGGGUUCAGUACAGUAUCUGAGAGAGUUCAUCAAGGAGAGACUAACUGCUGUUUGUGAAGAAAUCUUCUCAGAGGUUCAAAAAACCAUCAUCCAGUAUGAGGAGGAGAUCAACCGUCUACACAGACAGGAUAUCAACCGGAAACCUGAUAGAAACUCACACAUCAUAGACCUCCCAAAACAACAUGACUGUAAGGAAGAGGAGGAUCUGGAUGAGCAGCAGGUCUGUAACCAGGAGAGGAACUCCAGCCUGGACCAAGAGGACCCAGAGACUCCACAGAUUAAAGAGGAAAAGGAGGAACUCGGCAGCAGUCAGAAGGGAGAGCAGCUUGGGCUGAAGCAGGAGGCUGAAGGCAUUAUUGUCUGGACUGAUAAAAAGCAGCUCAGACUGCUGGAGACCAUCUGGAAACCUGUGAUAAAGUUACACAGAAUAGAUGUCCUACAGCAGCAUGCUUUUGAGGAAGAGGAGGUUCUUACAGACCAGCACAUCUUUAACCAGGAGAGGAAUUCCAGUCUGGACCAGGAGAAACCAGAGCAUCCACAGAUUAAAGAGGAACAAGAGGAACUCUGCAGCAGUCAGAAGGGGGAGCAGCUUGGACUGAAGCAGGAGGCUGAUACCUUCAUCGUGACACCCGCUUAUGGGGAAAGUGCCUACAGUAAACCAGAACUAAACAGUGAGCAGCUCCUUUCUCACAGCUCUCCUGAAGCAGAGACCCAAGAUAAUGAAGAAAGUCAGCAUGUGGACUCAGGAACUACUAGAAAUACAGAGAUGAAUAAGAGACGUCACAGUCAGAGAGUAGACAACCCUCCUGUGUCAUCGAGUAAAAGUAGAACGGACACAAAGAACAAGUCUGUACAAUGUGAGGUGUGUGGAAAAACUUUACAGGAUAAAUACAAUAUGAUUACACAUCUAAGAGUUCACACAGGUGAAAAGCAGUAUUCCUGUAGCAGCUGUGGGAAACGAUUUACUGACUUAUUAACAUUCAAAAAACACAAGAGAAUUCACAAAGGUGAGAAGCCAUAUUCUUGUGACACUUGUGGGAAAACAUUUGCUACUUCAUCAAAGGUCAAAAGACACACGAGAAUUCACACAGGUGAGAAGCCGUAUUCUUGUAGGACCCGUGGGAAAAGUUUUACUCAAUUAUCAACAUUCAAAACACACAUGAGAAUUCACACUGGUUAUAAACCGUAUUCUUGUAGCACCUGUGGGAAAAGAUUUGCAACCUCAUCAGCAUUCAAAAAACACACAAGAAUUCACACAGGUGAAAAGCCGUAUCCUUGUAGCACCUGUGAGAAAAGAUUUGCAACCUCAUCAGCAUUCAAAAAACACACAAGAAUUCACACAGGUGAAAAGCCGUAUCCUUGUAGCACCUGUGAGAAAAGAUUUGCUGACUUAUCAACAUUCAAAAGACACACGAGAAUUCACACAGGUGAAAAACCAUAUUCUUGUAGGACCUGUGGGAAAAGUUUUACUCAAUUAUCAACAUUCAAAACACACAUGAGAAUUCACACUGGUUAUAAACCGUAUUCUUGUAGCACCUGUGGGAAAAGAUUUGCAACCUCAUCAGCAUUCAAAAAACACACAAGAAUUCACACAGGUGAAAAGCCGUAUCCUUGUAGCACCUGUGAGAAAAGAUUUGCAACCUCAUCAGCGUUCAAAAGACACAUGAGAAUUCACACAGGUGAGAAGCCGUAUCCUUGUAGCACCUGUGGGAAAAGUUUUACUCAAUUAUCAACAUUCAAAACACACAUGAGAAUUCACACUGGUUAUAAACCGUAUUCUUGUAGCACCUGUGGGAAAAGAUUUGCAACCUCAUCAGCAUUCAAAAGACACACGAGAAUUCACACAGGUGAAAAACCAUAGUCUUGUAGCACCUGUGGGAAAAGAUUUGCAACCUUAUCAGCAUUCAAAAGACACACGAGAAUUCACACAGGUGAAAAACCAUAGUCUUGUAGCACCUGUGGGAAAAGAUUUUUCGAGAGGAACAAAUUAAAGAAGCACAUGAGAAUUCAUACUGUUUAAAAUGUUAAUACUUAAAUACUUUAAAAUGUGGGACUGCUGUGUGUUUUUUCAGUUUAUUACGUUAUUCUAUUAAUUGUUUCAGGGAAACUCUGAUCUUACAUUUCAUGAAAGUUAGAGUUCUUCAUGCUCCUGUUCUAUUGGUUCAUUGUUUAGCUCUGUUCAUUAGUAUUGCUUUAUACACUAUAAUGGUACAAAUGGACCAAAAACCAGUCCAAAUCUUCUGGUUAAUAAUUUAAUCCUUUGGUCAAGUGAGUUUUUGCCACAAUAAAAAUGAACAAAAAUGAGCAACAGUCAAGAAUUGUGUUUAUUCUUGUAAGGGAGCAAAAGUAUUAAGUACAAAGUUUCAUGCUUGAAGAGGGAAGUCCCCAGUACAUUUUGUCAGUCCCACCGUUUUUUUGCCUUAAAACUGUCACACAAUAGCUCUUUUCCUUCUAGGGGCUUCUCACAAGGACAGUUAUGAGUGUGUGCGCUAUAAUGAGCAGAUAAAAUAUUUUUGAAAUCUGGGCAUAUUUCCAGGC